CUUUUUUUGUGUGUAAUAAGCGGAAUCCCCUUCAAAACUCUAGAUUAAACAAUGUUUGGGUAAAAAGUAUUCCGAGAAUAGCACACAAAUAUAGUAUAUAUUCUAGAUUUUGAUUAAAAUUAAUCAUAACAAGUGAAACGUUCAUUACAAUCAUUAAUCAUGAUGUGCAAGUUAGUAUUAGCCACUUUGGCUGUAUACCUAUGCUUAGAAGCAGCGUAUGGACAGCAUUCUUAUGGAUUGAAUCCUGGUCAGCAGCGCCACGCCACUGGCUUCAACCCUAAUCAAAAUAGGCCCCACGCUACUGGUUUCAAUCCAAAUAUUGGCAGUGGACGCCACUACAGAGACUUGAGCAGUGCUGACACAGGCAGAAAAGUUCUCGCACCUCAAGCUGAUUCAAACGGACCUGCUCGUCACGGAUUUGAACGCGGUCCAGGACCCGUAAUUCCUCAUCACUAAUAGAUUCAAGAAACAAUAAAUGCCGAUGAACCUUUUAUAUACUCUAUACUAUAAUAUACAUUUUUAAAGUUGAA